ACUUACGUUCCUCACAUUCAUUCAACUCGUGUUAAUUAUACAUGAUCAUGCUUGGAAGAAAAGCCUGCCAAACAGAACCAAUCUUAAAGACUCCGUCUUCUCUUAAAAAUAAAAAUAAAUAUACAUAGUACACCACUUCAUUAAAAAGCAACCCUUUCAAAUCAAAAACUAUAUAUAUAGUCAUUCCAUGCUUUCCUUCUCAUUCAUUCAAUACCAAACACCUCUUCUCUCCAUUCAAUUUUCCUUGGCAGAAAAUGACUUUCUCUUUGCUUUCUAAGCUUUCCCUUUUGGCAUUGUUGUCUUUGUCUCUCUUUGCUUGUUCUUCAUUAGCCAAUGAUGACUUUUCAAUCGUUGGCUAUUCUCCUGAUCACCUGACUUGCAUUGACAAACUUAUUCAUCUUUUUGACUCGUGGAUCUCGAAACAUGGCAAAAUCUACAACAGCAUAGAGGAGAAGAUUGAAAGGUUUGAGAUAUUCAGAGAUAACUUAAAACACAUUGAUGAAACAAAUAAGCAAAACAGUGACUACUGGCUGGGGCUUAAUGAGUUUGCUGAUUUGAGCCAUGAGGAGUUUAGGAGCAAGUAUUUGGGACUCAAAACUGAUUUCACUAAGAGAACAGGAUCUUCUGAGAAGUUCAGUUAUAGAGAUGUGGUGGAUUUGCCAAAGUCUGUGGAUUGGAGAAAGAAAGGUGCUGUCACUGCAGUCAAGAACCAAGGUUCAUGUGGUAGUUGCUGGGCAUUUUCGACCGUUGCUGCUGUUGAAGGCAUAAACCAGAUUGUGACAGGAAACUUGACUUCCUUGUCCGAGCAAGAACUGGUCGAUUGUGACAGAACAUUCAACAAUGGCUGCAAUGGUGGUUUGAUGGACUAUGCCUUUGAAUUCAUAAAGUCUAGUGGUGGGCUUCACAAGGAAGAUGAUUACCCUUAUCUUAUGGAGGAAGGCACCUGUGAGGAGAAGAAGGAUGAGACGGAGGUAGUGACCAUAAGUGGUUACCAAGAUGUGCCAGCAAAUGAUGAACUAAGUCUUCUCAAGGCAUUGGCUAACCAACCUAUUAGCAUAGCCAUUGAUGCUUCUGACAGAGCUUUCCAGUUCUACAGUGGGGGAGUGUUUAACGGGCACUGCGGAACUGAUCUAGAUCAUGGAGUUGCAGCAGUGGGAUAUGGCACAGACAAAGGAGUAGAUUACGUCAUAGUAAGGAACUCAUGGGGACCAAAGUGGGGAGAGAAAGGUUACAUAAGGAUGAAGAGAAACACUGGUAAACCAGAAGGAAUCUGUGGUCUCUACAAAAUGGCUUCAUUUCCUACCAAAAAACAGUGAUCUUUCUAUUAAUGUGGGCUGUGCUUAUUCCCUUCAUAAGCAAACCUUUGCUUUUUUUAUUGUUGUUUUUCUUUCCCAAAGAUAUAAGUUUGACUUGUAACCUACUCUUGUCACUUCAAUAAAAUAACUUAGCCAAUCAUAAUAUA